UGACUACAAAUAAAAUGUUCUUGUUUGUUUGUUUGUUUUCUAACAAUUUAAGAAGCUAAAAUAUACAAAUAAAAUAAAAUGGACAAUUUUAUCUUCUGACAGUUCAAAACGAGGGUCGAAGCGUCUUUUGAAACCUAUGCUUGAAACCUACCAACAAGAGAAGUUCACAGACACGAAGUUAUUGGGCGGCACUACUAGCUUAUACUAGUUUCUGUUCAUAAAGUACUUCCUCGAGGGGGCGCGUGACGGCUCGAGAACAAUAUCAGUCUUUUUGUCUGCUUAAAAUGAUUAAAUUUUCAGUCUAAUAAAUAAAGGUUUGGCUUCUGGAGUACAUUUUAAAAUUCUGAAGUAGCAGUCGCUCAAAAUCAUUGAACAAAACGCCCGUGUCCUUACUGUGAUUGUAAAGAAACCACGUGACAUAGUACGAGCCAUAAUUUACACCUGAAUAAUGACUGUAUAAAGCCAAUAAACUUGAAAACACCCAUUGAAGAGUAGAAAUUGAACUAUAAUUGGUCAAAUCAGUUGUUAUGCAAAUUAUUGAGAACUUCCGGGCCACCACCUAAUCAGCUGCUUGUUUAUCAUAUAGAGAUUUAAUGUCUAUGGUUUACCACUCUAGUUUUCUGUGUUUUCUCACUAUGGCGCGAGUUUAGAACUGAGCUCGAGAGGGAGCGGUCUCCACGGCAACUAUCAAAGCCGGAAGUGCCGGGCUCUCUAAAGUAAUGUCCAGGCCGGUGAUCAGUCCCCUGACUGUGGGGGCCACGGUCCCUGAGUCUCUCUCCAUGUUACAAAGGCGUCUUCAGAAAGCAGAGGAGCAGACGGAGGAGUUGAGGAGGAGUCUAGGCUCUUUGGGAGCGUCUGCAGAUCAGCUGCUCAUGAACUCUUCCAACUCUAAGCCACGUCCGGUCAGUCCUGUGAACAUCCACGGGGCCCUGAGUGCCACCGCAGAGGGUUUGCUAUGGAGGCAGAGUGAAACGCUCGUCGCACGCAUGUGCAGAUUAGAAAGUGUUUUGCACACUCUGAAACUCACCAUCUUUCGUCUGGAGAUGAACAGGGAACUCAAUCCAUCUCACACAGCUCUAUUAUCCGAGCUGCAGGAGCAGCACGAGGAGGAGCAGCGCUCUUCACACCGGGACCUUCUGCAUGUACAGGACGAGCUGACGCGGGCCUGUGAGGAGAGGCAGGAGGCACAGCGGGAGGUGCUCAGACUCAGAGAGGCGCUGGAGAAUACCAACUCCACUAAAGUAGAGGUUCUUCAAGGAGAUUGCCAAAUCUUACGUACUGACGGACAGGCAAACAGGGCGGAGCUAAAGAAGAGGGAGGAGCAAAUCAUGUACCUGGAGAGAGAGUGUCAGCAGCUGCGAGACCAUUCCAGAGUGAAAGAGACUCUGAUUUCACAGCUGAGCAAAGAGAUCAAGAGCGUGAAGACGGCUCUGCAGAAGCAGCAGCAGGACAACAGCAGACUCUUCAGAGAUGGACAAGACCUCAGAGCAGCUGCGGAUCAAGUGCAGGUGUUGAAUGAUAAGUUAGAGGUUCAGUGUUCAGAGCUGAGCACUGCACUUCACUCAUUAACACUGGAAAACACUCGACUACAGACAGAGUAUCAGAACAACGUCAAGGUGGAGCGAGAUCGUGUGUCUAAACACCUUAAGGAGCAGGAUCUGCUUUUAGAAACAGCCAGGAGGAACAUCCAGGCUGAACUACAGGGCGCGAUAUCAGAGAAACUCAUCCUGCAGAAAGAACUCGAGGCACUGAAGACGGAUCACUCCGAGCUGCAGCAGAGUUCCACUGUUUCCCAGGUGACAGCUGUCAGUCAUCAGCAGAUGUUGGAACGCACCAUUCAGAGGCUUCGGGGGGAGCUCAGCUGUGCUGGGAGAGAGGGAGAGACCCUUAGAGAAGAGAGGGAUCGCAUGAAGAGUCAAAUGAACUCUGCAAUCUUUUCCCUGAAAAAAGAGAAGAACAUUCUAGAAACACAGCUGUCGGAGAUCAAGGCGGAGCUGACCACGAGGAACUCAGCACUGCAGAAACAGAAGGAGGAGAACCAGGAGCUAAUGGAGAGCCUGGCAGUCAUGCAGCAUCAGCAGGUAAAUCACCGUCAGGUAGAACAGAUGUUGUGGGACUUGACAGACAGCAAGAACAAACUGGCCUACGAGAAGGGCAAGUCGCAGGCACGAGUGCAGCAGAUGGCCGCUGAACUGAAGGCAUUGAAAGCAGACUGUAAUGAACACUGUCAGGCUAACACUAAGCUGCAGUACAGUUACUCACAGAUGCAGAUAGAAAAUCAGACACUGAAAGAGCAGCUCGGUGCACUACUGCAACAGCACAGAGACACGAAUGAAAUAGCGCAGACUCUGGAGAACGUCCUGUCGUCUCACGCUCGUCUGCAGCAGAACACACAGACACUGCAGGCAGAGCUUAGAGAAAAAGCACAGGAACUACACACACUCAGGAGAGAGAGCAGGGAGGCGGAGCUUAAAGAGGCAAGGACAGAGAUUGGUCGAUUGACGGAAUGUGUAGAUUCCCUCAAGAACCGGCUCAACAGAGAAACAGACUCUAGGAGGAAGUUGGCACAGAGGCUGAAGAAGGCACUAAAUGAUGCAUCAGCAAAGUCAGGUGACCUCUCACAAGCCAAUCAGAAGCUACAAGAGAAGGUGUCUGAGCUGGAGAAGCUGGUGUCUCAGUUGAAUCAGUCUCUGCACAACAGAACAGUUCUGAGCCACUCUCUGAGAAUCAAGGAUUUGGAAGCAGAAAUUGAAAGUCUUGAAGAAGCUAAGGAUGAAUAUAAGAAGAGGAGUUAUGAGCAGUCUCAGUGUCUGCUGCAGAUGCGCUCUGAGAUGGAGUCUCUCCAGUCUGAGCUGCAGUAUCUGUCCUCCACACAGCAGGGGGAGCUACAGGCCCAAAGAGCUCUCAAUCACAGCCUACAGGAGCAAUGUCAGCACCUGGAAGAGAGUUCGAAACGGUUCAGGGACGAGAGGGAUGAGGCAGAACUGAGACUCCGGGAAGUUUGUCUGGAGUCACAGCAGAUCACAGAGAAUAUGGUUGAGGACCACAGAGCACUCCGCGUGAGUUCGGAGAGUUUUAACUGUGAGGAUGAGCCACAGAAACACAGGGAAAGCUUAUGGAGGACGGGGAAAGGCGGCACACUGUCCACUCCCGCUCAGACCCACGUUUGCUUUUAUGACCCUAAACUGGAGCCCUGGGCCUCAGCAUUACAGCGCUGGCAGAUGAAGAAGGAGCUGGGAAGCAUCGCCGGCAGUUACAAACACACAAGACACGUACGCUCACUAACCAGGUGAUAACAGCCUCCAGGGCUCAUGGAGAAGUGCAUCAACAACUCAUAGAUCAUGGAGAAAGGCUUCAGUACGUGAUCUGCUUUCAAUAAAAUAUAUCCAGUAGCUGUGUUUGAAAAUACUGGGAAAUAUCAAUAUCAAAUUCAUUAAAAUGUAUAGUAAUUAUUUUGUCAUAACUUGAACAUAAAAGUGCACUAGCAAAUAUACCUUAUGUGUGGAUAUAUAAAGACAGAGAGUUGUGACUAACAGAAAAAUAGAUAGUCCUACUGCUCAUAAAAUAAAAAACAGAGCCACAAAUGACCUAAUUGCUCACAAAUGACUCAUGUUAAACAUGUCAUUUCCCUGCAGCCCGUAACAUUGUUAUUCCAUCACAAUAAUACAAGGUCAAACUCCUACACCUGCAGAGUGAAACCCCAGAAAGUGCAAGAAUAACUACAAGUGUAAAUGAAGUCUUGCUGUUAGAAAGGGGCAACCGGUUUUGUAUAUGUGUAUAUUUAGGUAUUAUAUUUAUAUAAUAGUUUUUAUUGCUAUAUCACUUUUUGUAAUGCCAAUAAAGCCGCUUGAAUCUGAAAAGACAAAACUGUAA